UUUUUUGCUUAUAUCUGUUUAAAGAUCAGAUUUUUAGUUCAGUGAUUUAAGAAUCUUGGAUCUUUAUCUGAAUUUGAGAUUCAAAGGUUGAUAUGUUUUGUUUUGUGGAGAGAACUAACUGAAGUUUGUGUUUUUUUCUACUGUUUGUGUAAAGAUCGAUUUUUAUUUUUGAGAAAUGGAGUUCUUGGAAAGACCUGAUGCUCAAUUGAUUAUUGGAGUUGCUGCUGCAGCUGUUGCUGUUGGUGUUACAGCUUAUUUUUACUUCUCUUCCAAGAAGUCCAAAGUAUGUUUAAACCCUGAAGAAUUCAGGGCAUUUAAGCUUGUUAAGCGCACACACCUUGCCAUAGUGUGGCGAGAUUCAGAUUUGAACUUCCAAUGCCCACUUCUGUGUUGGGACUACCCAUUGGACAACAUAUUAGUUGCAGGUUCAGAAAAAGUUCUGAACCUGGUGUCUAAACUGGAAGAAAAAGAUAAGGCGAUCACAACAUUUAUGUUGUCGCCUGAACAAUUUGCUGAAGUUAAGAGAAAUGAAGUGGAACAAGGAAGUGAGAAACAGUGA